UUUUUCCAAAGAGGACUCCUCGCGAAGCUUCCUCGUUCCCUCCUUAAAGGGUAAUACAGUAAUUAUCAAUCAAAGCACCUCGAUAUCUGGUAAACGUCUAGGAACCAGUCAGCACUCUUAACGGCUAAGAUUUCUCCUCUAAAAUCAAAAUUCAACCAGAGACAAUGCUAAUCAAAUCCGAGCUGUUCUGAAAUCCAAAAUCACAGUCACUUCCUCAGCUCUCCACGACCCAAAACGAUCCGUUUUCCCCUUCACCCUCACUCUCCCUUUCCCGUUUUCGUCACAAACACUAAAACCACUUCCGUUCUCACCAAUCUUUCAAUAUCCACCAUCAGUUCUACCAGAUCUAGAGCCUUCUUAACUUCACUUCCCCUCACGCGCCGCUUAUCGGAUAUGGUUGUCAACGGGAGACCGAUUAAGAGGAUGAAGAGGAGAGUCACAGCUGAUCUCUACAACUUCCUAUCUUUCCCUUCCUCCUCUUCCUCUCCCUCUUCCUCUUCCUCCUCGCCUCCUCCUCCCCGCGGUCCUUUCAGAUCCAACAUCAGGUCGUUUUUAACCGAACACGCGCUGUUACCUCCGCCUUCCUCGCUGUUCCCUCACCUGCUCACAUGGCAGAUCUCGUUUCAAGUCGGUGACUUGGUGGGGUGCGGCGGCGAGGAGGCUGCGGGCGGUGUGGUUUCUUUAGAUGUGGUGGAGGAGGAUGUGGCUAGAUCAAGAUCUGUUUACUGUGAUCAGUGUCGAGUUGUUGGUUGGAGUGGUCAUCCAGUAUGCAGUAAGCGUUACCAUUUUAUUAUUAAAGCUGAUGGUAACUCCAUUGGUGGGUAUCAUAAGCCAUGCACUUGUUGCGGAGAUGUCCUGCAUUUGUCUGAAUCAAGGUGCAAGACAUGCAAUCAUGUGACAACUGCAGAUGAUGUUGAGGAGUGGAUCUAUCACCAGUUGGAAGACACCACUCAUCUCUUACAUGGUGUCGUCCAUGCAAAUGGUUUUGGGCACCUUCUUAGGGUGAAUGGAAAAGAAGGGGGCUCCAGGGUCCUUUCUGGAGUCCAUAUCACGGACUUUUGGGAUCGGUUAUGUAAAACUCUUGGAGUCAGAAAGGUCAGUGUGAUGGAUGUAUCAAAGAAGUAUGGUUUAGAGUACAGGCUACUUCAUGCUAUCACCAAAGGCCAUUCAUGGUAUGGUGACUGGGGCUAUGAAUUUGGUGCUGGUAGUUUUGGUUUGACAGUCUAUGCGUAUAAGUCAGCUGUUGAAACACUCUCCAGCCUACCUUUGUCCAUCUUUCUUUCUGAAGGGCAGAAACUGCAAACUCGCUUGCUGGAUAUAAUAAAGUUUUACCAAUCUUUGUCAGAUCAGGAGCUUGUAAAUAUUAGAGAUCUUUUCUGUUAUUUGAUAAGUUUGAUCCAUGAUGCUCGCAAGUCUCCCUCAAGGGCUAAUGAUUCUAGCUGCAAGAAGCGCUGUAUUUAUGCAUCUGGGAUUUCUUCUUCAUGGAGUAGGAGUGAUAUAGAACGCGUUGAAGAAGCCAUGUUUAGAGUACUGCGAGCAGUUUCUGGGUCCAACUGGGUAAGUUGGCGUGCACUUAGAGGUGCUGUUUGCAAAGUGGCUCCUCCAGAGCUCCUUGAUCAUUGUCUAAAGGAAAUAGGUGGGAAAUUUGCAGCGGAUGGAAUGGUUGUUAGGUCACGAUGCAAUCCUAGUUCAGGUGCUUUUGAGUACAGACUAGAACCAGGAAAUCCUUCCCUAAAUAGCCCUGCUACCACCGGCUCUUCUGUCAUUACCUGCCCAUCCGAAGGAAACCUUAUACAGGACCUGAGAUUCCUUUACGAUAACAUGCUACACCCUCAAACCAUGAUGAGCUAUGGACCUGAGGCCACAAGUGAUGCAAUCAGCUCAGCUAGAAAACUUCUUGACUGCAAGCAGUUCAUGAAAGACUACAACAAAUGUGAAACUACGGCGUCAGCCUCAAAUCCACCUACUAUAUGCCUGUCAUGUGAGGUGGAAAUUGUGGAUCAGCUGGAAGAAAAUGUCCCAGAUCUUCCCCCAGAAAUAAUCGUCCUGCCCUCAAAUGCUACAGUUUUUGAUCUCAAGCUUGAAGCGUCCAGGGCAUUUCAAGAUGUGUAUUUGAUGUUCAGGAGAUUUCAUGCCGAAGAGCUUCUUGGUUAUAGUGGUGUUGAUGAUUCCACCCAGGUCAAGCUCUUGAUAGGGUCAACUGAAUCUGUUCGAGUCAAAGGUAGAUGUCUGGGGAAAAAUGGUCUUGGUAAAUUUAGGAUGGAAAGAGGAACUGAGAGAUGGACUGUGGACUGCCGAUGCGGUGCUAAGGAUGAUGAUGGAGAAAGAAUGUUAGCUUGUGAUGUUUGUGGGGUGUGGCAGCACACCAGGUGUUCUGGCAUCCCAGAUUCGGAUCCAGUGCCCGCGAAGUUCGUCUGUGUGGGAUGCAGAGGCGUCAGCUUGGUGACCAAACCUAGUACAGUAGUGAAGUGACGAGACGAUGACUUUUUGCCGGUGACAAUGGCAGAAGCUGUGGAAACAGCAUGGCAACAUCUCGUGUUUCUGAAAAUUUAGACUCUGUAAAUGUUUUUUUUUAUUCGAAAUUUUGUUUUUCUCCUUUUUGUUCAUCUUCUUGGGCCAGUUUUUUCCUCCAACGAUAGGUUGAAUGUGUACAUAAUAAAUUAUGGCCUUAAAGGUGCAUCAGUGCGGAUGGGGCCUGCCUCCCACACGAUGAUGCUCGUGGUGUUUCUGUAUAUCUCUUAUGUACCCUAACCAAGGCAAAAAAAGAAAAAGAAAGAAAAGGAACUAUAUUAUGUACAUGAAAUGAUAAGCUUUCAUUAUUAGAA